AUGUCUGAAACACAACUUUCCGACCAAUACCUUUACCAGAGCUCGCUCAAGAGUGAUCCGGAGAUUAAGGUCUCCUCUGGCAAGCGCGUGCCUUUUGUUAUCGAUCUUAACCAAGGUUCGUACCAAAACGGUGUUAUCACUAUCGAUGCUACGUCCCAGCUUAAUGGUAGUGAAGGAUUUGCCUGCCUCCGCGAUGCUUACAUCAUGCUACCAUACAAGGUUUCGAUGAAGAACACGCACGCUACAAAUGUACACAAUGCAGCCAACCGAUUUUGUGUUGGUCUCAAGUGUGGCAACUUUAACGUCAUCGAUUCGAUGUCGCUUGAACUCAAUGGUAAAACCAUUGUCUCGAUGGCAGACUACAAGCUGUUCUGGAACAAUAUCCGUGCUCAGACCGGGUACAGCCCUCAGUAUGUUGAGAAGCAUGGUGCUGAAUCGUUUCUAUACCCGGAUGCUGCUCAAUCAACCAAGUACAGUAGUGCGACCGCUACUACCGGAGACGGGUAUUCGAAUAACACAGCAAUCUCUACUACCUUCACCGCCGGUACUAUUUCUGCUACGGCAUCGGUAGCAAAUGAUGGUUUUACUAAGCGUCUUCUCUCUAACCCUCCAAAUGCUGGAGCUGACUCAUCUACGUCGUGGCCGUCUACUGGUGCUGCAUCUGCCACCACUACCAUUGCUAAUCAACUUGGUCGCGGUGCGUUCGUAGCUGGCGCUGGUUCACCUGGUGCUAUUAUGGGGACGUGGAACUAUAUGCUUAAAUUUAGCUUACUGAUUUACAUCCGAUUUUCAAGGAGCUUGACUUGA